AUGCAAGAUGUGUGAUAAGUCGUUCGCUAGAAAACAGGGUUUAACAUAUCAUAUCAGAAUCCACACAGGAGAAAAACCGUACAAAUGUGGAACAUGUAAUAAACGUUAUGGUCGUUCGGACUCUUUGAAUCGUCAUCUCAGGAUCCACACAGGAGAAAAACCAUACCAAUGUAAAACAUGUGAUAGACGUUUUGCUGAACUAAGCACUUUGAAUAGUCAUCUCAGAACCCACACAGGAGAAAAACCAUACCAAUGUAAAACAUGUGAUAGACGUUUUGCUGAACUAAGCACUUUGAAUAGUCAUCUCAGAACCCACACAGGAGAAAAACCAUACAAAUGUGAAACAUGUAAAAAAUGUUUUGCUCAAUCGCCCCAUUUAAAUAGACAUAUCAGAACUCAUGCAGGAGAAAAACCAUACAAAUGCAUAACAUGUAAUAAAUGUUUUUCUCACUCAAACAGUUUGAAUCGUCAUCUCAGAACCCACACAGGAGAAAAACCCUAAAAAUGCAAUACAUGUAAUAAAUGCUUUACUCGCUCGAACACUUUGAAUAAUCAUCAGAGAAUGCACACGAGAGAAAAAAAAUAAAUGCAUAACGUAAUAAAUGUUUUGCUUAUUCGAGCAAUUUGAAUCGUCAUCUCAAAAUCCAUAUCAGAAAAGAACCUUACAAGUACAGAAUAUGUGAUAAACGUUUUCGAGAACGCAUCGUGUUUAACUAAUCAUCAUAGAUUCUGCAGUAGAGAAACACCCUACAAUUGUAAAAUAUGUAAAUGUUUUUCUGGAGAAUGGAUAUUAGAUUGUCAUUGCAGAAGACAUCUGAAAGAAAGAGUAAACAACAAUGGAAUACCCCAUCAAAGUUUCUCUAACAAAAUGAAAUAGAGUAACAAUACAACGACUUAUUCAAAUAUAUUUCCCAGCAAUUAUGUUAGUAGCAAUCGUUGUUUCGAAAGGCAUAAUCAUUUAAUUCAACGUCUUCCCACACAUUCUGAAUACACAAAAUUGAUUUUGUAUUGUGUGUAAUAGUCAAUUCCAAACUGAAGCUUACCUGGAACCUCAUCGUAUAAUGCACAAUAUAUAUCCAUUUAAUUACAUUAUUCGUUUUUAAGUGUUUUGCAACCAUAAGGUUCCAGAUGAACAAAAAACAAUAUACAAUUCAUCAGUCAAUUCGU